GCCAAUAUACUGCUACAACAAUUAUCAGCCAAUAGCGAUUAAGAAAUGUAGUCCAGUUAGUUGUUCAACUUCGUCAAUUAUGGCGGGUUCGUGUUUUUUCAAGCUCAAAUACGAAAUGAGUAGUUAUUUGCGCCGCUCGGGCGGCGACAUUGACAGCGAUUUGUCGAAUAUUCUCGUGCGCCAUUUUGUGAAUGCUAUGGAAUUUUAUGUUAAGUAAUCGACGCGAGGAAAUUAAAAUUCGUGAUUCACAAUAAUGUCUGAGAAGUUGGUGGGGAAAACGGUGCUGAAACGACAUGAGGUUGCUAAGCCCGUUCAUAUCCAGAGGCUGGAGGCCUCCUUAGACGUCCGUCCAUUCGUGAGUCAAGUGGAGAGGAUCCUGAACUCUGAUGUGGCAUCCGACAGUGAUGAUGACUCCGAUGCUAAGUCGUUCGGCAAUGAGAUGUCUAAAGGGGACCGUAUGAUCCAUGGAGUAGUGACCACCAAGCAGGAACGUCAAAGUGAUCGUCUCAGACUAUACAACUUCAGUUCAGUCGGUGAAGAGCGAGAGUGGCUCCGAGAUGUCCUUCUAUCUUCAGGCUCAGAAACCAGCAGCGAGGAUGACUCGCCCAACUAUAAGGAAAUUAGGAUACAAAGGCUGUUGAAAGAGCGUAGAUAUCAUAAUAAAUAUGCUAAGAAGUAUUAUAAAGAUCAAGGGAACUCCCGCUACAUGUACUAUGGUGCUGGUCUACUAUCCACCGUAGACCGCUACCCAGAGCGUCGGAUCAGUCGGCCGGUGCCUCCGCCACCUUCCACCAGGGGGCGUAGAGGCAGGCCUGCGGAGCGAGGCUCUUCGACCAGAGGCUUACAUAAAGCGAGACGAGGGAGGGUCAGAGAUGCUAGGAUGAAUGAGGGUGGUGAUAUGCCUGAUGGUGUUGAUUGGGAAGAGCAGUUACGUAAUCUGAAAGAAGAACCUGAUAACGACGAAUAUGGAAUGUCUACUGAAAAACCAGGAGUCAGAGGCCGUAAGAAACUCUCGACUCUCAAAAGCCCAGAAGCCCUAACAGCUCGGAGAAGACGUCAUUGGCUGCUCCUGGUCAAGAAGGAGUUGGGCAAGGUGCAACGAGCCCGCACAGCUACACAUAGAGAGGUGAUGCUGCAGAGGAAACGGCUAGCCACUUUGUGUUGUAAACAUUGGAGGCAUAUUGCUAUGCAGUCUCAGAAAAACAUGAAAGAAACAGUAUGGAGAUGCAAGCGAUUGAGUCGUGAAAUGCAGGCGUAUUGGAGACGAUACGAUCGCGCCGAGAGAGAGACGCGACGACGAAUGGAGAGAGAGGCAGAGGAACAGAGAAAGAUGGAUGUAGAACUCAUGGAAGCUAAACGCCAACGUCGCAAGCUGAACUUCCUCAUCACGCAGACAGAGCUAUAUGCUCACUUCAUGCAGAAGAAGUUGAAUUCUACUGAUGAUGGGGACGGUGGAGCUGAUAGGAUACUGAGGCAGCUGGAUGAGGAUCGAGACCCUAGAUUAGCUGCUAUUGAUCAUUAUGAUAGCGAAGCAAUGAAAGCCCGUGCCUCCCGCAACGCCCGCGAAGCGUUCAGAGCUGAACGCGCUCGCACACAACUGUUCGACUCAGCCGCCGGCGCCUCUGACGUCACUGAUGCCGACGGGCCCGGUGACGUCACGGACGCACAUGAGCGACGCGGCGGCGACCAUGAGCAGCCCUCGAUAUUUAGAGGCACGCUGAAAGGGUAUCAGCUGAAGGGAAUGAAUUGGCUCGCUAAUUUGUAUGACCAGGGUAUCUCCGGCAUCCUAGCAGACGAGAUGGGUCUCGGCAAGACGGUGCAAUGCAUAGCGUUUCUAUGCCACGUGGCUGAACGUCUCGGCGUUUGGGGGCCGUUCCUAGUGGUGUCACCUGCGUCUACUUUACACAACUGGCAGCAGGAGAUGCAGAGAUUUGUGCCCGAUUUUAAAGUGGUACCAUACUGGGGCAGUCCAAGCGAGCGCAAAAUCCUCCGUCAAUUCUGGGAACGCAAAGACCUACACACUCGUCAAGCAGCCUUCCACGUGGUAGUGACGUCAUAUCAGAUCGUAGUGUCCGAUCUCAAGUACUUGAACCGCGUGUCGUGGCAGUACAUGAUACUGGACGAAGCUCAGGCUAUCAAGAGUUCCGCCAGCAUGCGGUGGAAAUUACUGCUCGGGUUUAGCUGUAGGAAUCGAUUGUUGCUGUCUGGUACUCCAAUUCAAAACAGCAUGGCGGAAUUAUGGGCUUUAUUACAUUUUAUUAUGCCAACGCUGUUCGAUUCGCACGAGGAGUUUAACGAAUGGUUCUCUAAGGAUAUCGAAAGUCACGCUGAAAAUAAAAGUACUAUUGAUGAAAAACAUCUUUCGCGUUUACAUAUGAUUUUGAAACCGUUUAUGUUGAGGAGAAUAAAAAAGGAUGUAGAAAAUGAAUUAUCGGAUAAAAUUGAGAUUAUGGUGCAUUGUCCAUUAACUAUAAGACAGAAAUUAUUGUAUAUAGCUUUAAAAAAGAAAAUAAAAAUAGAAGAAUUACUUCAUUACUCUGUGGGAGCGGAGUCAGGUCACAAUGUAGAUAAGAAUUUUACGUCCAAUCUUAUGAAUUUAGUUAUGCAGUUUAGAAAGGUAUGCAAUCACCCGGAACUAUUCGAGCGUCGAGACGUCCGAUCCCCAUUUUCAAUGCUCGUAGAAGACUACCAUAUACCAAAAAUAGUCGCAGAAGACUGCUAUUUAAUCCGUUCUACGCCUUCAAAACGCCAUUUAUUAUACAAUAAGUUAUCUAUAUUAUCCCCUGAGUAUGUACAAAGAUGUGUGAGUGGGGGGGAGGAAAAUGGGGUGUGUUGGGAUAGUAGUGUCUUUGCGUUCACGAGGUUUAUGGAUUUGUCACCCAUGGAGCUGUUUAGAGUUAUGCUGUGUGGCUGGUUUUGUGCAAUGCAACACAUAGAGUAUUGCCUAGAAAAAUACGAGAAGCUCCGUCACCGUCACUAUUGGUGGUACUCCUCGUCAACCAGCGACGUCAAACAGGAGGAGAGUGAGACAGACUUAUGUGGUGAUUACUAUGAAAGAGUGAGCAGGAAGGAUAUGCUGUUGGUCUGUCCCGAUGGUGACGUGUUGAGGAGGAGGAAGGAGGAUAGUCUGAUGUGGAAGGAGCUGCUGUUUACUGAUGCGCUGUGGAUACAAGGUGGUCCAUUCUACACUCACACGGAACACACAAUACACUACACGCCUGAAACCAUCGAGCACAAAGCUUUGAGGAUAAGGAAUAUACGAGAGAGAGACGGACAGACGGAAAUGCUAAGCGAGAUAAAGACUGAAGAAGGCGGCGUGAUCCCAGUGCCGCCGCUAGAGAUAGCCGAUGUACCCUUCGUGGAGCGACCACCCAUCUCCUAUCCAGAGAUGCCUACUCCGCUGCCCAGCUUCCUGUACUUUGCUCAGCAGAAGGUGUGCACAUGUACUCGCGCAGCGUUUGCGGUAUCGCGCAGCUUCGCGUACCACAUGCGGCGGCACGAGCAGGCGGAGUGCGGCGCCGCGUGGCGCUGCGUGUGGCGCCUCGCCGCCGCCGCCCGCCCGCCCUGGGGCUGGGCAGAGCUGCAAGUGCCAGAUAAAAAUCAACUAGUCAGUGACGCCGGUAAGCUGACAGCGUUGGAUUCACUGCUCAAGAGAUUGAAGGAGCGUGGCCACAGGGUGCUCAUAUACAGUCAGAUGACCAAGAUGAUUGACUUGUUAGAGGAAUACAUGUGGCAUAGAAAACACAAGUACAUGCGGUUAGAUGGGUCUAGUAAAAUCUCCGCUCGACGUGACAUGGUCGCUGAUUUUCAGGCCCGCACAGACAUAUUCGUAUUCCUCCUGUCAACCCGAGCCGGUGGCCUAGGCAUCAACCUCACAGCUGCAGACACAGUGAUCUUCUAUGAUUCCGACUGGAACCCCACGGUAGACCAGCAGGCGAUGGACCGAGCACAUCGGCUGGGACAGACCAAGCAGGUCACCGUGUACCGGCUCAUAUGCAAGGGCACCAUCGAGGAGAGGAUCAUGCAGAGAGCCAGGGAGAAGAGUGAGAUCCAAAGGAUGGUGAUCAGCGGCGGUAAUUUCAAGCCGGACACGUUGAAACCUAAGGAAGUCGUGUCGUUACUUUUGGACGACGAAGAAAUUGAACAGAAAUAUCGCCAAAAGUCUGAAGAGAAGAAACUUAUGGAAGAAAGAGAACGUAAAAGAAAAUUGGGAUUGCUGCCACAAGUUCAACCGCCAGCGACAGUGGAAGCGAAGCGGCCACGCGACUCGGCGUCGGAGCCCGGCAGCCCGCUGCAAGUGGACGAUGAUGGAGACAAACUAGUGGUGGACAUACCGCCCUCACCCGCGCCUAUACCGUCGUACUCAGGCGCCGUCCGAGCGGGUGCGUGGGGCGUGUCGCGCGGAGGCCGCGGUGCCCGCCGGGGACGACCACGUGGCUCCAGGCAUGCGCUAUCCCGCCGCCCCGAGCCGCAGCCUGCUGACAAUGCCAGUGCUGUUGCUGCUGGUGCUGCUCUACUAGAAUCAGACGCACCUCUAGAAAUAAUAGAAUCGGUAGCGCCGCCCGAAGGAGCAGGGGCCGCAGGUCGCGGUCGGCGGGGCCCGGGGCGGCCGCGCCUGCGGGCUGCCGGGGCCCCGCGCGCUGGGGGCCCACGAGCUGGCGGCCGCCGCCCGCGUCGUGCUCGCGAACCGUUGCUAGUACCGCUGGCGCCGCCACCAUAGCAUAUACCUGCUCUUAGUGGAUCACAUGACACUGGAUAAAUUAUUGUUCACCUGUUACCAGAAGCCAUAUAAAAGCGGAGCAGCACAUGCAGUUAACAACAAAGUUCCCACCUCUAGUGCAAUUAUUUUAACUACAGAAUGACCAGUAUAUCUUUGACACACGGCAAUAUGACGAACUAAAAUAAAAUGUUCCAAAUUCCUCAUACCAUUUCCUUAGACAGUGGCGCCACCACGAAGCAUCAAGAUAUACUAGUCAGUCUGUUCUCGCCAAACUAAAUAAUAUUAAUAACACAGAAAAUGUACAAAAUAAUGCUUUUAGUUACAAGUAUUAACAAAGUUUAACUUUGAACGAUAAGUCGCGUUAACUAUGUAAAUAGACAGAAUUAAAUAUUAAUUUUAAAUAAAUAUUUAAUGAUAAUUUGUGUAAUUAAUGAAUUGAAUGGUUGUGUUGUAGUCCGCUAAAUGUUACUAAAUCGGGAAUGUGUAAUGUCACUAGUUAUUUAAAUAUAUUACCUGUAUAUUUAACUUGUCUAGAUUAUACUGAACUUGUAAAAAUCUUAAAUGGAAAACGGGCUUCUUGAUAGUAAUUACAAGGCAGUAGGUAUAGACAAUGAUAAUAUAAACAAUUUUAACGCAGCUUGGACGAAGAAAUGCAUCAUGUAAGCAAAGUUUCUAUGUAGCUAAAAUAUUGUCGCAAGCAAAACUAAUCUAUUAAAUUCAUGUUUUGUAUACAGUAUGUGUCAUCAUUGAUCAUACUAAAAGUUAAAUUUAAACAAGUUUGAUAAAUAAAAAUAGUAUUUAAUAAUUAUGAUCUGCCAACCCGAAAUAUUAUGUAACAAUGAUUGGAAUUCUAAAGAACAAACUCACGUGUUCAAUGUAAUAGACUGGACUUAUUAUAGAACUGUUUAUUUGACGAGAGAAAACUGAAUAAAUGUUUUAAAUUAAUUUA